GCGCAGGGACACGGGACGGGAGGGUGCUGCCCUGGAGCGGGAUGGGAGUAGUCAGGGGAUGUGUCCGGAGCUCAGCUGACUCAGCUGGCUGGUACGAGCAGAGCCUGGGCUGCAGGUUGGGCUGCUGGGGCCUGUCUCCCGUGCCACCGGAGCGUGACGGGAUCGCUCGGAUCCUGCCUGGGAGGGGACGGGCGCUGCAUCGUCCUGCCCUGCAGAUGCAGUGGGAGGUACGAGGCGUCCAUUCCCAGCGGAGCAGCUGCCCAGGCCACUCAGCUCCCAGCGCAGCAGCGUCACUCCCCGGCCCAGGCACCCAGCACUGAGCCAUGGCACUGCUCACCCACCUUCUGGCCUGUGCCUUCGGCAUGGGCUCCUGGGUGGCUGUCAAUGGGCUGUGGGUGGAGGUGCCGCUGCUGGUGACAGUGCUGCCAGAGCAGUGGUACCUCCCCUCCUACAUCACCAUCAUCAUCCAGAUGGCCAACAUGGGACCACUCUUUGUCACCCUCAUGAAUCGCUUUUGGCCCAGCUUGCUGAAGGAGGUGGCUGUUAUCUAUGCGAUCGUGUCCGUGGGUGUCAUGGCUUGCUUGCUCCUGGCUUUCCUCUGGAACCACACGGCCCUCAUUGCCGGGACAUCCCACAGCAUCCCUUUCCUAAUCCUUACCUUCUUCCUGGCCCUGGUGGACUGCACCUCUUCUGUCACCUUCCUGCCCUUCAUGAUGCAGCUGCAGCCCCAGUACACAAGCACCUUCUUCAUAGGUGAAGGGCUAAGUGGGCUGAUCCCUGCUCUCAUUGCCCUGGGCCAGGGCUCUGGUAUCUCCAGCUGCACCAAUGUCAGCUACGAGGUCAACAUCACCACUGGCAACGAGACUGUGGAGAGCACCAUCUUCCAGCUGGAGACUCACUACCUCCCACCCAACUUCUCCACCCUCAUCUUUUUCCUGCUCAUGACUGCAAUGAUGGUGACCUGCUUGCUGGCCUUUUUCUUCCUCACCCGGCAGCCCAAGGUGUGGGAGCUCUCUCAGCAGCACCUCUUUCCCAGCAACAUUGUGCUGAACUCAUUUGACCAGAUCCUUGAUGAGGGAGCUGACUCGCAGCUGAGCAGAGGCUGCUCAUGGCCAAAGGAUCCCAAGGGACCUGGGGACAUCCUGCCACAGAAGGUCUCCUACUCCUUAACCCAACUCACUCUCAUCUACCUCCUCGUCACCUGGGUGAGCGCCCUGACCAAUGGGAUCCUGCCAUCCGUGCAGUCCUACUCCUGCCUGCCCUACGGACACACCACUUACCACCUGGCAACCACGCUUAGCUCCAUGGCCAACCCCCUCGCCUGCAUUGUGGCCAUGUUCCUGCCCAGCAGGUCCCUGACCCUGAUGGUCAUCCUCACCAUGGCAGGGACAGGCUUUGGUGCCUACAACAUGGCCAUCGCGGUGAUGAGUCCCUGCCCGCUCCUCCAGCAGUCCCAGUGGGGCAAUGUCAUCAUCGUCUUCUCCUGGGUGCUGUUCACCGGGACGCUCUCCUACAUGAAGGUGAUGGCGGGGGUGAUCCUGCGGAGCUGCAGCCGCAGCGCGCUGGUGUGCUACGGGGCGCUGGAGCAGCUGGGCUCCCUCCUCGGGGCACUGCUCAUGUUCCCCCUUGUCAACAUCUACGGCCUUUUCAAAUCUGCUGACUACUGCAGCCUGCAGUGCCCAACAUGAGUGGGGUGGACACCCCAAAACC